UUAGAUCUUUUAUAUAUAGUUCACAUUAUAAAAAUCAACUAUGUAUUCAAACAAUUUGAGAAGAGAAAGAAGAUCAAUAGUUUUAUCAUAAUGGCAUGCAUGGAUAGAGCAUCUCCUGCUCUCAAACAAAUACUGCUCAAGCUCUAUCAUGCUGAGAAGUCCAUUGAGAUUGAUCACCAUUUAUACGAAUUCGGAUCAGUGGAAUACCAUAUUCAGUCUCAAGCUUCUAAUCCUAUAGUAGCCUACUUAUCAGUAUCAAUACCUCCUCUUUGUCAUGGUAUCCUACCAAAUAAUCUUUCUCCAUACACCAUUGAAAUGGUAAAGGGAAUCUGUCCUAAUGUUGUGGAAAUUGAAGAACCUGCUAGAGAAGGAUACCAGCUUACUUUGAAGCUUAACCUAGAUCAGAUUCCAAGAAAUAAAGACUAUGUCAAGGUCAUUGAGGAUAUUUCGACAGUUCAAUCGGUUAUUCUGAGUUCACAGCUGAAAGAAAUAUUGUGGAAUGUGAAUUCUGAUGAUGCGUCUCCGGGAAUGUACAAACCCAUCAAACUAGUUUAUCAUCCGAGAGAACCCUUCUUUGUCAUCAGGCAGCCACAGAGAAUCAUAGCAGUAUUCCCAAUUCGUUUCAGAGAAAAAUCAGAUAUCGUUAUCGCAACAACUUUCUUUCAGGAGCUUAUGGAUGUUGGAAAUUCAGAUAAAUGGACAAAGACACCCCCUUGCACCUGGUCAGCCAUUCCUCCACCAGAGUUGAGAGGAGAAGCUUUCGAGGAUUUGAGUACCAAUGGAGGGUUUUUCUCUUUUGAUAUCUCUGCUCGGCAUGUUGAAGGCAAGAGGCUAGACAAAACUGUCUGGAAUCUAUUAAAUUUCAAUACCUAUGUUAGAAACCAUGUAAAGAGCACGAAAGGUUUCAUACACAGACGGAUGAGGAAGCGUUUGGAAAAUUUGGUUGAGGUUUUGCACGGAACAAACUCAGAAGAAAAAGAACAAGCCAAACAAGUAAAACAACGUCAAGGAUCUAGGUAUACCAUGAAACUAGUAAGAUCAUCGAAACACACUAUGAAACAAAGAUGGCGCACGUUGGGAAGAAAAAUAAAGAGAAUUCAUCUCCGACUUAAAAUUCAUGGAUUUACACGAUUUCGCCAACGUUGGUUGAGGUUCCCGAAAUUUUCUUCAACAAAAUACACAAAAUUGGAGUAGAUAUUUUUGCAUUUAUUAUAUCUUAUGUAAUAUAUGGACUCCAACUACGCUAGAACAUGUUCAGUGCACUAUUCGAUAAAGUGUGUUGUAUAGUUAUUAAUUUUAUCCGACUUUAAACUACUGCAUUGUAAGCAAAAGAGAGUAUAUUCAUAUCACUAGACAAUACAUGUAUAACAGAUUUGUGAUUCUGUAAGUUUUCUCCAAAUGCUAUAACUUUCAUUGAUUAUAAGUAAACAUAUAUAUUGUUCAAAACAUCAUAUGACAUGAUGAAACAUUGCUUCAAAAUCGAGUAAACAACAAACUAAAGAAAAAGCCGGUAAGGACACCCUAACCUGAAAUUUCAAAAAAACACUAAUGAUCCACAUUGCAAUUUGCAACCUUUCCUUCAUUGCUGUCAUCAAAACAAAAUCAUUUGCAUUCCACUUCACCCCAUCUCAACAUCACACAUCCUCGUACUCGUGGAUUCAAGCUCAGACAGCAACGGUCCCUUCACCUCGCCGCAUCUAAAAUUCCUUUUACCUGCCAACACUCCAAAAAAUCCAAGCCCCAAAACCAACACCACAAUAGCAUGCAAAAUGAACAACAGCUCCAUCAUAGCAGAACCUCUCAAACUAUCCUCAUCAAGAUCACACAGAACAUCCACAUUCUCCAUCUGAGGUGUCAAACUCAAAAUCGAAAUCUUCUGACACCCUUUUAUCCCAAAAGUAUUAGUAUACAAAGAAAACCCAAUUUGCAACAACCAUGUCCCCUUGAAAACCAAUCCACAAGACAACAAAAACUCAGCAAAGAAAGCAGAUGGCUUAACAGACAGAUAAAAGCAUGUAAAAGCACAUACAAGCGUCAAUCCACCUAACAAUCCAUAAACAACA